UGUCAUAUGCGCGCGGCACCAACUGUAGCAUCAAGACAGAUGUAGCCUUCUUGCUAGACUGUCGCCAUAAAAUGCCAAUACAUUGACAGGCGACGCAUCCAAAGUUACAUAUCUAACAACUUGUGACAACUAAAUCCAUUCAGCUACCCUCUUAGCUGAGAUAUAGCAGAAGAUUUCAGGAACAAUGAGCCGUGUCUUCUUGGUGGUGGUAUUCGUAAUCAGUGUGAUCUUCGUGAACGAAUCCAAGGGCCUGUCUUGCCGUCCAUGUAGAAAAGUCAAGUGCGCGGUCCCAAAAUGUACACCAUGCGAACGCAUCAAAGACCUGUGUGGUUGCUGUGACAUCUGUGGUCAGAAAGUCGGGGAGUAUUGCUCUGCAUUUAACCAGUGCGUGGACGACUUAUGGUGCAUACAGAUGGAUGGUGACAAAGUAUCUGCACGGCGGAGACUGGUCUGGCAUGAUUGGUUCACAGGUGUGUGCGGAAUUCUGGAGACAGAGCAUGAGGAUCCCUCAACCACAGAGACUGUUGGAACCACCACAGGGUCUGGGACAACCACAGGGUCUGGAACCACCACAGGAUCUGGUACAACCACAGGGUCUGGAACCACCACAACGACUGGAACCACCACAUAGGAUGUUGGAACCACAGAGACUGUUAGAACCACAGAGAAAGUUAACAGUAAACAUUAAUCAGUCGUGUGUCAUGAGGUUUGUGAUACAACGAUAAAUAUAUCAAAUCAUAUGCUAUCAAUAUUCGGAUCACACUGUUUAGACUGAGCAAAUAGAACUUCUUUUAUUACCCACAUGGUUUGAAUAGUUAAUAGAAAUCGAAUGCGCCCUUAUGCAGCUAUCACUUCACGCGUACCAGUAUAUUGUUAACGUCAUCCGUAGACAUUGUUGACGUCAUUUGAAUCUUAUUGUGACGUAAGUUCGGAAUGACGUCACACUAGAAACGAUAUUCGCCAUUCGAUAAUUCUGGUUUUCUAUGAUGUCAGCCACGAUAAGUGUUUUGUACUGAAGUGGAGCUGAAAAGGAUUAAGAAAUAAUGGGUAAUAAAGAAAUUAUUGCAUUUC